CGACUUCGGCUCUCCCGCGGCGCGCCGCGUGCCUUCGCGCGUCGUCCCUGCGGCCAAUUGGAGGCUCGCUCGCCCUGGCCUGGCUCCCGAUUGGCGCGAUCGGCCGCCGCGACUCCGCUAAGGGCCUUCGUUGGCUUUCGGCCAAAGGUCACGUGACUCUACGCGCGCUUCCGGUUGCGUCAUCAAGACCCACCACGAGGGAUGUUACGCCGCGGCAGUUGCGCGCCGGACUCGGAGGUGGACGGAGGUGGGACUGAGCGCCGCAAGGCUGGCGCCGGAGCUCGAGGGUGACGAUACUUGGUGCUCCGACCUCUACUGGCUCCUCUCGACUGCGAGAAAUUUUAAGGUUAGGCCCCUUAGGGCCCACGUGCUCCUCCGAGAUAUCGGUGCCCGGGAAGUGCGGUGCUUCGUGAGUGCUGUGAUCGUUCGCGGAGGGUACGCUCCGAUCAAGUGGACCUCGUCUGGCUGCUCCGGUACCAGGAGUGCUGGCGUCCCAAUUGCCCCUGUGGAAGAGCUCGGGACGAAACCAGGAAGCGGACCAGACCAAUCGAAUCGGACCGGAAUUUCCAGAUAUAUCUUCCUUGCAACGCUGAAUUUUUCACCCUGUGAUGCGCCGCGUUCCUGUUUCUACGCAGAAUUGAAGGGAUGUUCAAACCGGAGUGAGUGAUUAUUUAGUGGUGCCGAGGAUUCCUGAAAACGGAAGAAAAAGACUCAAAACCUGCCUACGCAUGCCGGGGCUUUCGAUUCCGCGCCGAAGCCGGAAGUGGUCCCGGCGAGGCCUCUCGGUCGGGCCCCGCUCGUGAAGGCGCCCGGGCCCUAGGUGGCCCCAGGUCGACUCGGCCCCGGGCCCCGAGUACCCGAGGGCGACCCCGAUUUCCCCUGUGGCGCGUAGGUGGUGGGCUCCAGCGGCCCGCCCACCCCAUUGGUCAAGCUGGCGAGCGCCCUUACCGCCGGGAUGAACCCCCACCACCCGGGACACCCCGCAGCCUAUCCCCACCACCCGUCGCUGUCGAGCAGUCCCCACCACCCCGGGCCCGGCGGCGGGGCCCACCAUGGCUACGGCACUGCUAGCGGUGGGGGGACCACAACGACGCCCGACCUGCCCAGCCCCCACUCCCCGCCCCACGGGGCCCCCUCGGACUCGGGGGCCCCCUACGCGUCCUUACCGGGGGCCCAGGGGCUCGGCAGCAACGGGCACCACCACGGGGCCGGGGGCAUGAUGACCGAUCAUCCCCAUCACCCGGGACACCCUCAUCACCACCCCGGCCACCCCGCCUACCCGCCCGUCAAUCACAACAACAAUUGCACCAUCAAGCAAGAAGGUGGACCCCGCGGGCCGACGAGCGCAGAGCCGUGCGCCGGAUGUGGCGGGAGAAUAGUGGAAAGAUGGUUGCUACAUGCGCUGGACCGCUAUUGGCACAACAGCUGCCUAAAGUGUUCUUGUUGCGGGGCAACCUUGGCGGACAUCGGCCAGUCCUGCUUCACCAAGGCCGGCAUGAUCCUCUGCAAAAGCGACUACACGAGAAUGUUUGGCAACACAGGGGCGUGUGCGGGAUGUGGACAGACGAUACCGGCCAGUGAAUUUGUCAUGAGGGCGGGAGGUUCGGUCUUCCACCUUAAGUGCUUCGCCUGCAGCAAGUGCGGCGCUCAAUUAGUGCCCGGAGACAGGUACUGCUUGCUGUCGGGCGCCCCGGUGUGCGAGACGGACUGGCACAAAAUCGUGAAGUCGUCGAGCGUCACGGCGGCAGCAGCGGCGGGCAACGGCGGCGCCCCCGUCCGGAAGGGCAAGGUGGGUCGACCCAGAAGGAGUCGCGAAUGAGGCGGCAACCCGGUCGGUCGCCCGAAGAAGGUUCAGCCCUCGCCGCAACCGACGGCCGUCGUCGCUACGCCGAGCCUGCCGACGCAGGUCGACGUCGUGGACGUCGGCGUCGGAGGGGAGCCCUAUUCGCCGCCUCCGCCGGGUCAUCAGCACUAUCACCACCACCACCACCACCAUCACCAGACGAUGGGGGUGGUACAUUCGGGCCUGCCGGGCCAUUCCCACCACCACCAUCACCCGUCCUACCAGGAGUGGACAUCCUGGGGGGAUCCCUGCGACUGAGAGCUUCUGGCGACCCUAGGUCCGGGCCCUGUGUGCUGGGGGAAUCGGAUAGGCGCGAGAUAUCGUGGUGAGGGUAGGGACCUCUUCUGUCCUCUAGACUUGGGACCCGGGACAGGGUGAUGUCCGGUGAGACGGGGGUGCACCGGGUCCAGGACGUGAACUCCUCUGGACGGGUCGGACUUUGGGACUCUGGGUCUCUUGCCGUUGCUUCGGCGGUUUUCGGAUUUCCUGACGCGUUUAACGGUUCGGCCAGCGGAAGGGAGAUGGGAGAUUUGGGAUGGAAGGAGCUGGGGAGGGACCCCUCGAGGAAGGCCCUCGAGUCCGAAGACCGGGGUUUGGAUCGAGAUUCCCAAUCCCGGGUUGGGAUUGGAAACACGGAAGGGGUGUACUAUAGGCAAUAAUUAAUCUUGUCCGUUCGGUGAUGGUUCUUCGGCUUGGUACCGUGGGUUUGAGGUUCCGGCUCUGACAAGGGACGGUGGAAUCGCUAUUUGGAACCGAUUUCGAGGACCCGCGGUGACGAUGGGUUUUUCUUACCGGAGCUGGAGAGACUGUUCGAUAAAAUUGCUGGGCUUGCCGCGGGACCUCGACGGGGAAGUUCCGAAUGGAUGGCUUUGCCUUUCUUUGAGACCGAACCCCUAAACUUUCGAGAUCCUUGAACACAUUCCAAGUACGAGCUGAUUCCGAUUGUAGCUACUCUCAAAGUAGCCGGUACACGACAUAAUUCGAAAAGUUGCGGCCCGAUCAGAAAUACCUGACUACUCCGAUACACCGGAGCUAUGUCGUGCGCUAUCCUAAUCUCAAAUUGGAGAACUACUUUGAGUUUCUUUAAUGCCUCGCCUUAUGAUUCAUUUGCCUCGUGGUACCGAGCCGACGAACGCUGCAGUUGGGCCCUGCAAACUGCAGCUAUAAUUCUUUUGGAUCGGCUCAAUCGCAACGAAUGACGACGCGCGAUCACCAAUAAAUCAUUGCUCAAUGCAGGAGAAACGAGGGGACUCUCCUAAAUCCUCUUCCUUUACAUAUCCGUCUCCCUUUUUUUCCACCACUCCGAGAUCGGCGAUGCAAUUAAAUCGAGUAAAUAAAAUUGGGGUAUGGCAUCGAAAAAUGUGGAAACUUCCCUUGUCGAUCGUCGAGAGGUGAUUAAAGCCUCGAAGAACGGGAAGCAAAUCACCGGCUCGUUCGAUUCUUUUUCCCGGAAUUUCUUAUAAGUGGACGCGCCUUGUCCAAGCCGUGGCCUCGGGCGACCAGGUGCGGAGACACGAAAUUGGGGUGCUCCGAUUACCAUUCCAAAUUGCUGGGCAGGUGUCGGGGCCUCGUGGUCUUGACCGCCUUAUGAAUAACGAAAUUGCUGCGAGAACUUUGAGAAUAGUCUACGUAGAGGCCGAAAUAGGAAGGCAAGGAGUCGAGAUUAACAUGCCAAUGAUCCGGAGGUGGUCGAUCAUUUUCCCGCAAAAAAAGCAAAUAAGCAUAACAAGAGGCGCGUUAACCCUUUCCGACCCCCGAAUUCCCUAAACGAGGCCGUUUCCCUAACGAGCGAUUCACAUGACAAAAGUGCCGGGAUUGUACGGUCUAGAGUGAAAAGGGAAAUUCUCUCUUAGGAAUUGCUUUCCUAACGGAGUUACUUGUUUGGCGAAUUAACAUUUAAGAAGGGUUCGAGUCGAUUAAUUCGUCCUCCCCAUUCAGGGGAUUAAAAUCCGCGCCGCUGGACGUACCGAUUGGCCAGGGGUAAGAUCGACUCAUAGAAAAUUAUUUUUCUUUCAAAAUUAUCAGGCCUUUGCGUCACAGGGCUCCUUGUACAGCGUCUAAGUUCAUUAGGCGUCCCUUGUCUCCGCGCCGUGUAGGCGCUAAUGGUACCCCCCACUCCGAGCGCCAGCCACGAGGCCACGCCCCCCGCUACCCCCACUCUGCCCACGUGACACUUUAACGUAGUCCACUUCCUACUUUCUUCUACUCUUCCUCCACCUUUCUAACGUUUUUUUAUUCAGACUCCCUUAAGGAAGCUGCUCCGAGGAGUUGAACGAAGCUCGGGAAGCGCGCUUCAUCCCCUCUCGGCCCUUUGGGGCGAAAUGAAAUCGCAGCCCUUCAUUUCCCCGAGGAUUAACGGGAUGUUCCCUUCGUUUCUCACCUCUUGUGUAUGCGCGACUACGGGCCCGAAUCCCUCCCUCUCCUUUUUACCUCGGAGGUCCUCUUUUCCAAAGGUGGACGAGAGAGGGAGGGGUGACAAAGGCGAAAGACGGCGGCUAAAUUCUACCCUAAAAGCAAUAAGGAGUGGUAAUAAGUUACUAGGGGUAGCGAGGUAGGCCUCCCGAGAGAGGACCCGACGUAAAGAGGUUUCCUGAGGACGGGACACAGGAAAGAGGAAUCGGUGGAGAGGACCCGACCGAAGAACCGCCGGGGGUGGCUCCGCAAACCACACCGAUCCAUGACUCAAAUAAAGCGAAUCCGAACAACCUCGGACAUAGGCGACAUAAUCAUGACAAUUGAUCUCGUAAGAUCGAUCCUUGACCCACAGGAAACUGAAAAUGCUGACUGCGAGGACGACCGCGUCGGUCCUUGGUCCGAAUUUCGCGUCCAUUCGGUACGCGAGGUCGAGGACACUUAAUAUGAGUGACAGGGUUUCGAGCAUCCGCAAUAAGUGUAUUAUAAAUGUAUAAUCUUUAAAGAACAAAGUACAUCACGAUAAUAUCAUCCUCUCUACCCGACCCCCGGGGCAUCGAGAAGCCCCCUCGCCUGUGAAGGUAGCCCUCGAUUCGGCCGACGAGAAAUUCACCUGUCCUCGUGUAUCAGAGAAAAGUCGAUUGAUUUUGAUUAACUCGAAGAGACCUUCCGUUUGUUCUGGGAAGGGGAAUUUCUACGAUUUAUUUCAACGCCACGUUCGGACAUUGAAUAUACCGGUUAGGGGGAACUCUUUCGCCGAGACGGGGGCUACCUUUGUUCGCAGUUGUUGGCGUCCUCGCGUGGCGGCGCUGCGAUCGGGCGAACGUCCCUCGACGCCCCGCGGCGGUCGUUCGAAGCUCAAUAAAAGAAUCUUGGAUGUAUGCUGUAUCAUAAGGGACAAAAUACCUGGAAAGGGAGGAAAUGACCGUUAUUCGUUUACUCGUUCCGUUCAUAGAGGACCUUCGUUUGAACCACUCUUUGCAUUACCGAAAGCGAGAGGAUUGCGAGCGCCAUUGACGGGACGCGCGUCCUCUUCGGCGGCAAGGAUGGCCACCGGAAGUUUUGCAAGAGCGGGGACUUCCUGCCGCCGAGAGGACGCCACGCGUCCGGUAGCGCGUGAGGGAGUGUAAUUUAAACCUUGUACAUAGGGUACAUUUUGUAUAUUGUUAAAAUUUGUGUGAUAUAAGUGGUUAUUCGCUAUUAAACGCUGGACGACGCGUGCGCGAUGGGGCGAGGCUGCGGCUGAGAACACGAGACGCCCUCACGAUGAGAAAUCCCCUUUCCUGCGUUACCCGGGACUGGGUAAAAUGACAUCUCCGAAAACCAUUGUUGGGACUUCUUAUUCCGAGAUAAAAGACGGCCAAAAUGCGCCGGACCGCCGCUCGUCCGGUUUCUCCGCGACGCCAUGCCGGUUGACUUAUCACCCGAGAGAUCACGAAUCUCGUCCUUAUCCUCUUUCUUGCUCCCUUUUUCUUGCGCGUAGCUCGCGUAACAAGUCAACCGGCUCGCCUUGUGCAAAGUGAGCUCGGCUCGUCAUGCAAAUAGUCAUGCGACACUUUGGAAAUAAUGGAAGUGCCCGGAAAAGGACAUCCUUUUGCGCUUCUGUCUGGACAUCAUCCUGACGCAGGAACAGGGGAGGAUUAAGGGCGCUUCGUGUCGAGUCGGACGGCGGUCUUUCGCGUUUAGUUAAUUUUGUUAAUUGAUUUCUCUCAAUCUCUAAUUACCGGGGAGGGGCGAGAACUCGAAGUCCCUCCCCGGGAUCUUGUAAUAUACUGCCACACGUAUACCACACCCACACACAACACACAGCUCCACACUGAUCGCGACACGCGGAGAGAGGUUAAGAGAGAGAGUGCGACCGCGCACACGGAUACACGUAUACAAGUCACUCACACGUUUAUUAAUUAAUAAAAGGAAGAAAAAUACAAGUUUUUAGAAAACCUC